GUAAGGCACAGACUUUAUAAUAGAAAGCUGAUCAAGUUAUUGGUUAUAAAUCUCGCCAACGCGAUAAAAUUACAGUAUAAAUACCACAACGUUUUCAAAACACCGUAUCACAUCACCGUCACAAAAGGGGUGGAGGGCUGAAAGUGAUGACUCUUAGAGGAUGAAAUCAUGGAGAAGCUUUAUCCAAAUAUUUUGGACAUAUUAACAGUUUAGGGACUAUAUAUCAUAUGCGAGAAAUAUAAUAUCAAUUUUUCAAAGAAGUACGAAAUUGGAAUAGUAAUAAAAUAUAAAAGCUUCCGAGAUUACCAAUCACCCACAACAAAAUCACCAAUGUUGAAAUUAUGCAUGUUAUCACGUCAAUAUGGAUCACAAUAUGGACAAUCAGCAUUAUGAUAAAAGCACAAACUGAAGAAGAACCAAAUCCAAUACAGACCCAGGCAAAUUUACUGAGAGCAAUCCUUUGGGAAGAAAGGGAAUUUGAAGAAAUCGGAAAGCGAGCUUAUCAUACACUCCCUCAACAUAGUGGAUUAGCAGACUGCUGCCCGACAGUGUCACAAAAAAUAAGUCCCAUUGGUGGCCUCUCUAGGGAAGGGAGACUACUUAAGUUAUACAGAGACCCUCGCACAGUUCAAAGAUUUUACGAGACUUCUUGCGCCGCCGGGGUCUUAAACCGACCCUGUCAGUACGUGGACAGCAUGCGGCGCUCUAAAUGUGUUCAAAGCUACACCUAUGUCUAUGCUAUUGUAAGGGAUUAUAACACUACACAACCAUACCGAAUGGACUAUAUGAGAUUAAAGUCGGGGUGCACCUGCAAAGUAUAUGACCAGCGUACAAUUGAAGAUUUAACGGAUUGACCUUACGGACUUUUGAUAUAGAUAUCUCUCAUUUUUACAAGAGUCUACUUCAUGUGAAAAUGAAUCACUUUAAGACUUCCUGUUUUUGCCUUUUAAAGCUUCCAAAUUAAAAAAAAAAAAGAACUUUCCAGCUUAGCUUUUUCAUUGGAGUUUCGUAGGCAAUAAUUGAUUACUGUAUUAUCGUAAGAAAGUAUUGAAAGAUGUGCCUAAGAAAUUGAUCUAGCCAAUUUUUUUGUAAUUAACAUUGGCCGUAGUGUUUGAUUUCAAUAUCACUUUGUUAUGUUCACUUAUUUUAUAAGCAGUUUUGAAAAUGCCUUAUAGAUGAAUGCUUUAGAAUUUUACUACAUAUGAACGUGCUUCAUUGCUAUUGUAAUUGCCAAUACUUAUUAUUUCCCGAAUUCAGACAACCGAAUUGUAUUGUUACUUACUUCUUGUUAAAACAAACUGUAUUUGAUUAUGUUUUCUCUAACUGCC